UUCAUCUAACAUAUAAAAGACGAUGCUUGGUAUUCCGAAACGAUAAGUUCAUCGAGACUUGAGUAGUGACAUUAUACGUUAUACAGUAUAUUGUACAUUAUAUUAGUGAUAUUUUUUUAAAUCAAAAAUGGCUCCCGAAAUUAAAUACACUAAGUUGUUCAUUGACAACGAAUGGGUGGACGCUAAGAGUGGUAAGACCUUCGAGACAUAUAGCCCUCAUGAUGGAUCCGUCAUCGCCAGAGUCGCUGAGGCUGAUAAGGAAGACGUAGACUUGGCAGUAGCUGCAGCAAAGCGUGCAUUCCAUCGCAACUCAGAAUGGCGUCAGAUGGACGCCUCCAAACGUGGAGAAAUACUUUACAAAUUUUCUGAUCUCGUAGAAAGAGACCAGACAUACCUCGCUGAGUUGGAAUCCUACAACAAUGGCAUGGUACUAGCCCACGCCAAAACAUUCGUCGGCGGAACUGUGGGUACAGUUAGGUUCUUCGCAAGCUGCGCUGAUAAAGUCACAGGAGAAACUAUACCUGCAGAUGGUGAAGUUUUCUCAUACACCCUGAGACAACCCGUGGGCGUGUGCGCUUUAAUUCUGCCAUGGAAUGCCCCAAUUGCUAUGUUCCUUAGCAAAGUCUGCACAGCUCUUGCAGCAGGUUGCACCGUGGUGGUGAAACCAGCAGAGCAGACACCACUUACGGCACUUGUGCUUGCGGCACUUCUGGCGGAAGCUGGUCUCCCCAAGGGAGUGGUAAAUGUUGUCACCGGUUUUGGACCAGGCGCUGGUACCAGCCUCACUCACCACAGUGACGUCGCUAAGGUGUCUUUCACUGGCUCUCUCGAGGUCGGAAAACUGAUCCAACAGGCGUCAGGUGCCAGUAACUUGAAGAGGGUCACUCUCGAACUCGGUGGAAAGAGCCCUCUCAUCAUCAUGAACGACGCUGAUUUAAACGUUGCCGUCCCCUAUGCCGCUAAUGCAGUGUUCUUCCUUCAAGGACAAAUCUGUAUAGCAGCUUCCCGUUUAUUCGUACAAUCUGGUAUCUACGACAAAUUCGUUGAAGCUGCUGUCAAGUACGCACAGAGCAUUAAAGUUGGAAACCCAGCAGAUCCCACCACACAGAACGGACCUCAGGUUGACGAGACUAUGAUGAACAAAGUUUUGGGAUACAUCGAGAAGGGAAAGCAAGAAGGCGCAAAGUUGCUAUGUGGUGGUUACAGAGUCGGUACUUCUGGUUACUACAUUCAACCCGCAGUCUUCGCUAACGUCACUGAUGACAUGACCAUCGCAAAGGAGGAGAUCUUUGGCCCAGUACAAAGUAUUCUGAAGUUUGACACUUUAGAGGAGGCUAUUGACCGAGCUAACGCUACAAACUACGGACUAGCAGCUGGUAUUUUCACAAGCAAUCUUAACAAUGCUCUGCAGUUCUCCAAACACGUCGAGGCCGGAACAGUUUGGGUCAACACUUAUUUGCAUUUCGCCCCACAACAGCCGUUCGGAGGAUUCAAAGAAUCUGGAAUUGGCCGAGAGAAUGGAGUGGACUCAUUACUAGCUUACACCGAAGUGAAGACUGUCGCCGUUAACUUACCUAAAAUAGUUUAAAUCUAUGAAAUUAUUGAUGUUCCUAAUUCUGAAAAUCACAAAAUUGAUACCCUACACAAAGUAUUGAAAUAUUUUUAAGGUAUUAAUGAAUUUAUUGUUAUAAUUAUUUAAUUAAGAUGGAAGCUACCUAUACUGUUUUACAAUUUUUAAAAUAAAUGUUGUAUUAAGA